ACAGCGUGAUAUAACCUGAAACGUGAAUGCGUGAAACACAAAUACGAAAUUUAAUGAAAACUACUAGAUAUACAAUAAUUUGAAUAAAUUGAAUCAUUUCUUCCUUUCCGUUCUUCUACAGUUUACAAGUAGUAAAAUUCUUGCAAGAAUGCUGUUAAAAUACGUGAAUCCAGUGCUUACUUACGGAAAACUUUUACAGAAUAAUCUUCCAAUACUAGUUGCUGCUAUUAAUCCCAAUAACGCUACACAAGUAGCGUAUAUGAGUAAACACUGGGAUCCAAGAUGGAAAAAGGAAAGGAGACAAAAAGUUAUUAAAAUAAAACUUCCCUCAUGGGAUGAAGAUGACGAAGAUCCUGCUAAUAUGGACAAAGAGCAAAUACGGUCACGUAUGAAGGAGCAUGGUUUUCUUCCUCAGAAACCUUGGCAGGAAAGACCAGCAUAUAUUGGUUGCACUCCAUCAGUUUUCGAGGCUUAUGUUGCUCCAGAAGGUGAUGGCAAAUAUUCUGCCGUUACCAAAGAGGGAGCAAAGCAAAAACUUACAUUCUUAGAAAAAAAGGGCAAGUCUUUAAUGGCCAUUAGAAAAAUUAAACAAUUUGACGAUACUUUUAAGACUUCAUAUUUUCUAGAGGAGGCCCUAGAUAUCUAUCAAAAGGCACAUGAAGCUUUAACCACCAAAAACGAAAGCGAGAUAAUAAAAUACGUUACAGAAACAGCAUAUCCUAAAAUAACAUAUAACAUAAUAGACAAAACUAUACAUUGGAAAUUCUUAGAGUCUUUGGAACCAGCUCGCCUUGUACACGCAAGAACCACAGAUGUAAUAACAAAAGAGAACGUUUUUGCACAACUUACUGUUCGAUUCCACACACAACAGGUUUUAGCAGUUUAUGACAGAUUUGGCCGUCUUAUUCAGGGAAGCAAAAUUCUGAGGAAAGAUGUAUUAGAAUACAUAGUAUUUGAAAAGCAUUUAGCUAAUGAAUAUGGUGUAUGGCGAAUUCAUGAUAAGAUUAUACCACCUUGGAUGACUCCAACAGACAUAGCUGAAGGCACAUAUGUUGUACCAAAAGAGAAACACGAUCCUGUACCAACUGAGCCGCAUCCUGUAGAAGCUACAUUAACAGAAGAUGCGCCAAAGAGUGAGGCAAGCGCGCAGCCUUCGUGAAUUCACAAUAUAUAUGAAAAAUAAAACUAUACUUUACUAAUCUUGCACGUGACAAAUAAUUCGUUAUUGAAACAAAGAAAGUUUUUUGAAGUAAAAAAAUUCAAAUUACAACUUUAAAAUAUACAAUAUAUAGAAACACUCAAAUGUUGAUCAGUGUUAUAAAAUGUAUAAAAAUUAUAAAAUUUUUUUAAUUUUAUUCAGUUUAUGAAUUAAUUAAAAAUAUUUAUCACAAAUAAAUCAAUAAAUAUGUAAAAUAAUAUUUCUUUGCAAAUCAUAUGGCGGAUGUUUGGUACGUUGCAACGGUUUUUUUUUUAACGAAAAAGGAAAUAAUUAGUCGUAAUAUACAAAAAACAUGAAUUGUAUAUUAUAUUUGACUGAAUAUAUAAAGGUCUUAAAUGUGUAUAAUUAUUCGCUGAAGUUUACAUAAAUUAACUUAGUCUAAGUUUCCGUGACAAACCUUCGAAACGGUUGUGAUUAUAGUCGAUAUAAAUUUCAAUUCGGAGGUUUGUCAGUUCUAAAAGUCUUAUUUAACUCAAUAGCACUUUCACGCACUCUCCGAUCAUUAUCCAUCUGAUAAACGGGCGUAGGAAUAAAAGUCACUGGACGAUGUCGUUAAGUCCAGUUUUCUUCUUUUUUUGUCCAACAAAUGGAACAUGUUUUUCUUUUUCAUUAAUACAAAAUUAUAAAAAGUAUAAUACAGUCUCUCUCCUUGAGUGCUUAGAUUCUACGUUUUCAUUCUCUAAUCUCUCUGCGCUAAUAUUCACUACCUUGAUCAAGUAUUAAUUUUGCAAAGUUUAUCAUCGGGUGUUGCACGAUCCAAGUAUCAAAUCGAGUAUUUUAGCGCCUGUUAUAAAUGUAUAUUAUACGCCUUAUACAUGAAUAACAUAAAAUUUUUAUACACGAACGCUGAUAAAAUUUUCCAUUUAACAUCGCUGAGUGGAGUAUUCGUGGAUAUUAAAUCUCAGUCGCUUGCGUCUUUGAGGUCAAAAAAUACUGAGUACGUGGCUGAAAGAGUAUAGUAUUGAACAAAAUUUUUAUAUAAAUUAUGUCUUAUUAAUUAUGAUACAAUUACAUAAAAAAUUUAUGAAUAUUGACAAUGCACGCUUCACACAUGAAACCUAUAAAUGCUAUAAAUUUAUUUUUAUAUUUUUCAUUGGAUUUUAUUUUUUCGCACCUCGAUAUAGAACAUAUUCUAAUUAAUUCAUAUACUGCAACUGCAACAAUAAAUUACAUUUUGGGGUAAAAGAGUGACCUCAAAGAUUUACAGAUAUAUAUGCGAUUAUUAUAAAAAUGUACAAAUUGAAUAUCUUCUUAUUAACAAUCAAUAUUCGCUAUCCGGAUUUUGGCAUACGAUAUGAUGAUUAUAAAAAUUGCUUUUUAGAAAACAUUUUCAUAUAUAUUCACAACACAUACAUACAUGCAUACGCACAUACACACUUUUUCUGUCGCUCUUUCUUCUUUUUUCUCAUUUUUGCUUAUUACAAUAUAUAUCCGAUUGCCCGCAUAUACGAAUCAUUUUGAACAGUUCUGUAAAGAUUAUUUGAAAACAUGAUUUAUAAGGAGUAUGCCUUAUAUAGAGCAUAACAAUAUUCCAUACAAUAUUAUACUCUUUAGACAGAGCAUGCACAUAGUUAAACAUUCGUUUUAGUAUCCUUGUAGAUAUCAACAUUCGUUGAUAUUGCAUGAAAAGAGAAUGUAUUUUUCUUUUGUGUGAAAUAGAAUUCUCUCAUUCAUCUUACAUAUCUUACGAAUAAACAUAUAAAUUAUACAUAUAUUCGGUAGCAUAAUGUUUCAAUGGAAAAGCUAUCUUCUCGUAAAAAUAAAAGCAUAUUUAAAAAAUUUUGUUCUAUUAUGUUGCAUUAUUAUAGUCACAAAUGGAAUCAUAGAGCACGAUAUCCGAUUCUAUGUCCCACAUAUAUAUUAAACUAGAUCAUAUUAAAUUAGAUAUAAAACAUUACAGAUAUAUAUGUAUAUAUACCAUCCACAAAAUAAACGAUAAUAUUAUAUAUUAUAAAAUACGUGUAUAUUUAUAACAAUAAAUAAAUGCAUAUAUAUGGCAGUGAUUAAGUAUUGUAACUACUCUGUGUAUCUAUGUUGCGUGUUCGAUACCAUUAAAAAAAAUCAUCUGAUAAUCAUGAGAAAACAUACGUUCUUUAAAAUAAGAGGAAAUAUAAAAUACGUGUAUAUUUGUAAAAAUAAAUACAUAUAUAUAUAUGGCAA